AUGACGGCCGUCACAAGCCCCCGGGCGCCAGGCGUGCCGCUCGCAAAAGACGCCCUCCCCGCGACGGCCCCCAUCACAGCCCGGCUCGCCGCAGACGUGGACGGCGCAGAACCCUCCCGCGGCGGUCCUCUCGUCGCAGCAGCCGACUUGGCAGCAGUGCAUGGGGCAGUAUUCCGCCAAGCCGCCGUCUUGCAGAGGGCGGCGCGGGCUCGCGCACUCGUCUACCGAGCACCGCCUCUUACCAGGGCACUGGAUGUGGUGGCAGGCAGCGUCUCGGGGGUGAUCCUGCGCCGCCUCGGGGACGACGACACACGUGUGAGCGGUGCCGUGGCGGUUUGCGCAUCCCUCGGUCUGGCAGCGAUGCGCGUGGCAGUACCGCAGGUCUUGUUCGCCCUGGCGGACCCGUGCGUUCUGGCAUCUCGGCUCUACGCAGGCGUCUGUGAUGCGGGACGUCUUAGUGUCUCUGGGCUAGUGGGCGGUAUAUUAUUUGUAUCUGCUGGCAUUGUAGUCCUGCACGUGGUUUGGGCAGCGCUCUUGGCCGACGGAUCCUGCGCAUUGGAUAUCUGCACGCCCGUCAGCACUUGA